CAUUGAGGUUUCAAAAAUCUGUUUUCGAAUAUGAAAAAUUUUAAUUUUUUUUAAUAUGAAUGGUGAUAGGUGAACAAUUGUAAAUAAAUAUUACUGAGUUUUAUCAACAUCGUUGUAUCUAAAACGCUCCAGUUUUGCUUUACGAGAUAAACGCUAUGUCCAAGUGUCACGUACCCAAUUGUCACAACAGAUCGUUCAAGAAAACCCAUCAUCAAACGUACCUUGACCCAGAUCAGGUAUCGUUUCACCGGUUUCCGUACAAUGAGAAACGCAGGAAAAAAUGGUUAGACUUUCUUGGUAUAGAUUCCUCUACUGAUACCACCAAUAUGUUUAUCUGUUCACGACACUUUCGUCGCGACUGCUUUCACGAUUUGGUCUACCUUACAACGAUCAAGCAACGGCGACGGAUCCGAUUCGAUGCUAUACCAACCAUUCUGGAGUACGAUAACAACCAGAAUGUCAGUUCAAAAAACAAACUGAUGGACGAAACCGAUAACGAGUUCACCUAUUGCGAAGUGCUUAUUGAAGCAGCUGAUUCGGAAGCAUUCGAUGGAAGUGAGUCCAUUAGCUACAAAAGUGAUGAGGAUUUGUCCGAUUCGAACGCCACAAACUGUACACUUGAAAUGACAUGCGAAAGUAUCUCUUUAUCAAAGAACAACAAGAAACGAAUAAGUCCUGUAGACUGGAAGGGACGACCUCGCGAAGUAGAUCCGGGACUGGGUCAAUUUUUGAACAAGAUAGACGAAAUGCAAGCCAAACUACAAGAGGUACGUCGCCAACUGAUGUAGAAUAUAUAUUUUUUCAAUUGGUAUAUUGUACUCACUUAUAAAAUGAAUUAAACUAGUGAAAUCCAAUAACUUUCUG